CAGUUUCUCACGCAUCACAUUAAGGGCUCCCUUUUCAAAAGUCAAGACUUGCCCUUGCUUGUGUCGACGAAAUUGAAUACUUUAAUAUCCCUUCUCCCCCUAACACCAUCCACAUCUUACAAUGCCUGAAGACUUGUGCUCGGCUUGUCAGGAGCCCCUCCUGAUAGAAGUUGAACCAGACAGCGAUGCCGAGGAGUCAAAGUCGGCUGCAAAGAUCAAUAGUGUUCCUGAUGAUGUUCUAUUGAAUUGUGGUUGUCACUAUCACUGGGAGUGUUUUCUAGAUGCCUACAACAUCACCCAAUGUCCCAGUUGCGAGAAGAAUAUAUCUUCACUGGAUUCCACCGGACAACAACAAGUUCUGGUCGUCCUGAGAAACGAAGGUGGCGUGCAGACUGACUAUGACAUCCUACCUGCUGCUACCGAAGAGGCAUAUCUGCGUGCAUACCCAGAAGAACGGAGAGGACAUGCCUACCUAGAAUUUUGUCGAGAGGGAGAUAUCGACGCUAUUGUUCAUCUGGUUCAGGAUGGUCGAGAAGAUGAAGAGCAUGAACAAGAAGGCGAUGGAUCACAAGCAGAAAUCGAUAUCUUAAGUUACCGUGGGACAUUCGAAGCCGUGGACGGGACUGGUCUUCACGUGGCAAUCCGACACAACCAGCAAGAGGUUGCCUGGCUUCUGUUGGCUCUCGCUUCGGAAUUGGAAUGGUCCAAUUUCCCCCCCGCUGUGCUGGAGGCUAUGAAAAAUCUUGACCUGCAGAAGGAAGAUAGAAGAUCGCAACCAGACAUUCGCACAUUGGAAGAUAAUGAUGGACGCACACCAAUGGCUCUGGCCAAGGAGGUCGGAGGCAUCUGGACACAAUGGCUGGCCCAAGGUUGGUUGGCCCCCUCAGCCCCAUGA